AUGCCACACCACGACCACCACGACGAGAAGCGCCAGUCGCACGACGGCAACGGCGAGCCUCUUACUCGCCGCACCUCUGCCCUCGAGGAAGCACCAACGCUCGUGCCGCCUGCCGGUCUUCCCGGCAUCCCCAUUCGUCGCACGAGCACCACCUCGCGUGUUACCUUCGACGACGAGCGCCCAGAGGGUCUUGAGGCUCUAGCAAGGAGCGCCUCGGCCAUCAGCGGCCACCACUCGCAGUACAGGCGCGAGUCGCUGGACAAUGUCUUCGAGCUUCCCUCUAUCCAGAGGCCGAAGCCUGCGAAGCCCGGCGCCUUCAGCACCAUUCGUGAAUUGCCCUCGAACGUCAACACGCCCCUCUCCACUCGCCCUCCGUCGCCCGCAUCCAAUUACCACAUCUCGCGCCCGCCGUCGCCUGGAUCAUCUUCUGGAACUCGCACCCCUGCCGAGUAUGAAAACGGCGUCAACCAGGCUUAUCCCGAGAUUGGAACCAUUGCCUCGUGGCGAGGCGCUCUGGUCCUGCUCUGCACCUGCGGCGCCCAGCUCAUGGACAACGUCUUCAUGACCGGCGUCAACAUUGCCCUGCCUGCCAUCCAGAAGAACUUCGACGUUGACGGCAGCGACUUGCAGUGGUUGAUCUCCGCCUACACCCUUACCUUCGGAGGCUUCCUUCUGUUGUCCGGCGUCAUGGCUGACAGAUUCGGCCGGAAGUUGAUCUUCUGCUGUGGAAUGGCGACCCUGAGUGUCUGGACCCUCGCUGAUGGCCUGGCUACAUCAUUCAUCCAACUGGCCAUUUUCCGCGCCAUUCAAGGCAUUGGUGCCGCCAUGACCGUGCCAUCUGCUGUCGGCAUCAUCAGCAACUACUUUAUCGCCAAGGACCGCACGCUUGCUCUGACCAUUUUCGGCGCUUCCGGAGCCGUGGGAUUCUGCAUGGGUCUCAUCUUCGGUGGCUUCCUGACGGGUUCUCUUGGAUGGCGCUAUCUGUUCUUCAUCUCCGUCUCCAUCACCGGCGCCUUGGGUUCCCUUUCCUGGUUCUGCCUCCCCAAGGAUAGGAUGGAAGGGAACACGCGCCCCAAGCUGGACUUCGUUGGCGCCGGCCUGUCCACUGCCGGCCUGAUUCUGCUCAGCUUUGUCUUGUCGAGUGGCGGUGAAUACGGCUGGGGCAAGGCAUUCAUCAUCGUGCUGCUUCUAGUCAGCAUUGCCAUGCUCAUUUCUUUCGUCUGGGUGGAAAAGAAGGUCCCCAACCCCAUCAUGCCACUUUCGCUCUGGAAGCUGGAGAAUUUUGCUGCACUUUGGAUUGGCGGGUUCGUGAUGUACGGCGGAUACCAGACGAUAGUCUACUACACGACUCUUAUUGCCCAGGAGGUCAUGCACCUCAGCGCGGGUCAGACCGCCCUUCGCUUCCUGCCCAUGGGUGUUACUGGUUUCACGUGCUCUCUCGGCAUGUCCCGCAUGCUCGAGAUAUUCAACACCAAGCACCUUCUGAUCGUUGGCAUGACCAUCUGCGCCAUCGCCCCGAUUCCAUCUGCGUUGAUCAAGGAGGGGGACAUCAACUUCUGGAAGCACGUCUUCCCCAGCAGUGUCCUCAGCGUCGCCGGCACCACCAUCGUCUACUGCACCAUCACCGUUGCGCUCCUGGCUUCCGUUCCUGUCAACGUCAAGAGUCUGUGCGGCGGCAUGAUCAACACAGCUUUCCAGAUCGGUAGCGGUGUGGGCCUGGCACUUGCAAGUGCUGUCGUUCAGGCUGUUGACACCAGCAAGGGCCAUGGUGCCAUGCAGCAAUAUGCCACUGGCCUCUGGUGUUGCGUUGGCCUUGCCGCCAUCGGCAUGGUUGCCAGCAUGUUUGGCGUAAAGAACGUUGGAAAGGCCGCUGGCGGCCCAGUCAUGGCGCACUGA